AUGUACAUAAUAAUCCUUAAAUACAGCGAAAAUGGGCAGCUCUUAUGUCUGUGUAUCUUAUUCAUAUUUUACCUGCAUGAGCAAAUACAGCUAGUACAGGCCUCAAAGUGCAGACCAAAUAUUGUUUGUCCAGAUCAACAUUGCUGUCAUGGAGGAAGAAGAUGUUGCAAUCCCAAGCUGUACCACAUAUGGUGGUUUUGGUUUGGCGUGGUGGUGGCGUUGUUCCUGACAUUGAUUUGUAUAAUAGCAUGUCAAAGGCGGAGACAAAUGAGGAGGGAAUAUACCCGUAUUGAUUCCCCUGUAUACGGAGGGACCGCAUCGCCCCCAGGUCACUCUCU